UGCGUGUGUGUUUAUAAAUAAAUAGCUUGCUUCUGCUUGUGCUUGCAAGAAGCAAAGCGAUCCAACCCACCAGGACUGUGAGCGAACUAGAUAUCUCGAUCUCUGAGAAGGUUCAUCGAUUAAGCGAAGGCCCCGUAGGUAGCAGCAUUACACGGAGGAAGGGGGAGACAUCUCCCAACACGGAGGGGAAGAGCUCAAACAGAAACAAGCGAGGGUCACGGCCGUUCGGGGAGGAAGAACGUAAGCCAGAGGUCGAGGUCGCCGCGGCUCGCAAGCGGCAGUCGGGCACGCCAGAGCACGGCGUCAUCCCUGCACCUUUUGAGGACAAGACGGAGGGAGGGUGACAGGCCGUUGAAGACGACGUCAUCGGUGUACAGACCCGUACAUACGUCCCACGCGAUCAACAUCAAACUGCGAUGGUUUUGGUGGGGGAAGUAACUAGUUUGAUUUCGUUCAGCAUCUUCAUCGCGGUGCGGAUCAUUGUGCUGGCAGAGAGGGCCCAGCGCAAUAGGGAGAAAUGCAGUCUGCUCAAAUAUCGCGUGGAAAUGAUUAGUCUCCUCCUGAAGGAGCUGCAAAACCAGUGGACGCCAGACCCUGUGACGAGCAGGCUACUGCAAGAUCUAUACGAUGCCCUCAACGACGGGAGGACGCUCGUGGAGUCGUGUCAGGAGAGGAGGACUUGGUCUCUCGUCUUCAAAACGCAGAAGAAGGUCAGGAAGUUCGACGCCCUCGACCAGCGGAUCUCCAAAAUCCUGGAGAUGUUCCACAUCGCCAACAUGAUCCUCAUCGUCAAGACCAACAGGAACGGCGCCGGCGCUGCUGCAGCGAGUGCCUGCGCGUCGUCGUCGUCAGCCACCGACAUCAAGGAGAUGGUGAGCCUGGCUGUUUCCAUCGUGGAGGAGGCCAAGAAGCAGAGGCAGAACACGGAGGAGAUCCAGCAGCUGGUGCAGUUUGUGGAGCAGGUAGCCAACCUGUUGCAGCAGCUUCAGUCCGUCAACCUGUGGUGGGACGCCAAGACGAAGCUGUGGCUGGAAGGUCUAAAAGACCUUCUCCAGCAGGCGCGCAACAUAUUGUCUCAUCACAAGCAGCCGCACAGGAGUAACACCAGGAUGCCGCAGGACUUCUUAUGCCCUGGCGGCGGCGGCUACUACUCGCAGGACGAACCUGAUCAGAUACUCCAGGUCGCAUACGACAUCGGGUACUAUGUCCAGGUCCUCCCCGUCAUUACCAGGCGUCAGAUACAUAUAUGAACAGCAACAAUCGAUCGAAAUGCGUGAGACAAAUACAGAUCGAGAUCAGGUUGCCGGCCACAGGGAUGAUACCAAUACAAACGUUUAAUUAUAAUAUAAUAUAUAUAUAUGUAUAUAUGCACAUCUGUAUACAUAAAAUCCUUAUGAAUUACUCAAUACUACAUUGUAUUUAUGUUUA